AGUGUUUGUCGGUAAUAGAUUGAAAAUCGGUAAUAGUCGAAUAUUUUCAAAUUAUGAUGUUAUAAAAGGAAAAACAAUUUUUAAGUUUAUUUAUUUAAAGAACAAGUACAAAAAACAAUAAUAGGCAAAUAAAGGAUAUCAAAAUUACAGGACAUCACAAUUACUUAAGGUUUCCCAGCAUUUACAAUCAUCUUGAAUAUUUAAAAAAAAACCAAAACGGCUUUUGUUGAAAAUAUAGUUUUCUACAACUUACUGGAAUUAGAAAAAAACACGAGUCUAAAAAAUUUGAAAAGAAUGGUUUUUUUAAACUUAAUCCUAAAAUUUUUCGUUUGAAAUUUUUGCUACAACAUACGGUUUAAUAUUACUAAAAUGCUUUAAAAUGCUAUGCAAUCGAAUUUUUCUAAAAAUGAAUUCAUUUUUAUAGUUUUACAUCCAAAAAUUAAAGUGACAUAUCAUAGUGCAAUACUUUAUAAACAAGAAUCUAUUGUAAAUAUUGUGGCUUUUAAAAGAAUUAGUAAUUUCAUAAGUAUAGUUGUAAUUUUUCUGAAGAAUUUAAAUCUUAUAAUAAAGUUAAAAGUUUUGAAAAUAUUGGAAAUAGUAAGAGAAAUCUGCCCCGUCAAGAGAAUUCUGCUAAGAACUGCUUAAGUUGAACAAAAAAAUUUGAAAUCUCAAUUAAGGAACAGUAACUAUUUAGCUGAAAGAAACCUACCUAACAAAACUGCAAUUCUACAAAUACUCACCAACAAAUAUUCAAACCGGCUACGGUUAAAUAUUCAAAAAUUUUAUUCGAUUUCAAUUUUCAACAUCAACAACAUCUGCAAAAAAUGUCAAUAAUAUUUAAUUGAAAUUUUUAAUAAAAUUUUUGUAAAAAAAAAAAAAUAUUUGAAAAUUUCCUUAAAAAUUAUUCUAAUAAAAAGUUCAUCAUUGGAAUAACAAUAUUUCGACGUUGGAGAACGGUCCAUGGGGCUGAUGGACCACCAUCGGCAAAUGGUUUUGCCACAUCGGUCUUUCAAAAAUCGUCGUCAUCAACAACGGCGACUGCAAUUGCCCCAUUGACUGUUACAACAAUUAAUAAUAGUCCAACAUUACAAACAAUAACAGGACCAUCAUCAACAUCGUCAUCAUCAUCAUCAGCUACAACAACAAAACAUCAACAAAAAAAUAAUAUUCCUAAUAGUAUUAGUUAUAAUGACAAUAUAUCAAAAACAAAAAAUUAUAAAAAUGAUUCAAAUUCGAAUACAAAAUUACAAUCAUCACAGUCAUCAACAUCGAUAUCAUCUUUAUCGCCGUCUGGAACAAAAACAAGAGAAGAAGCAAUGGGUAUAACGAUAGCGUCGUCGUCAGCGAUGGCGACGGUGGCGGCGACGACGCAAACAACAACAUCACAGACAUCGUCAUCAUCAAUGACAAAUUCUGCAUCAACACAAUCAAUAGUAUCAGCAGCAGCAGCAGCAACAACAACAACAACAACAACAACAUCAUCAUCCAAUUCAAAUAAUAUACAAACAAAAACUACUGGUAUUGUAACAUCAUAUUCAACAUCAGCUUUAUCAUCAUUAUUUGGUUCAAAAAAUUCUUCAAUUCCAUCAUCAUCAUCAGCAACAUUAUCACCAUUACAACAAUCAUCUUCAACAAAUUCAAAUUAUUUAAAUAGUGAAAGUCCUAAAGGAUUCUUAAAAAGCCAACGUCCUUCGCCAAAACCAAGUAAAAUACGUUUAAAUAAAAAUCAAUUACAGCAACAACAACAACAACAAAAUAUUAAUAACAGUUCUUCUACAAUAACAAACAAUACAAGUAAUAACAGUAAUAAUAAUAACAACAACAAUAAUAAUAAUAGCAAUAGUGGAAAUAUUAUUUCCGGAUUUUUACAUGGGAAUUCAUCAUUUUCAUCAACAUCAUCAACGUCAUCUACUAGUUCAACUGGGAAUAUAAAUUCAAUAACAGGACAAAUAAUAUCACCAGCACCAGUAGUAAUAACACCAAAUCAGCCAACACAUCGUACUGUUUUAGGUCGUAGAAUCGGUUUUAAAUCAUUGAAUAAUAAUAAUUUUAGUCCAAGGAAAAAGGAUAAAAUUGUACCACAUGUACAGGAAAAUGGAAAUACGGUAAGUGACACUUGAAAACAUCCAUUAUUGUGUAAGCAUUCAUCAAUGUCAAAUUCUCAUAGUCGUCCGCCACGACACAUAGUGCUUAUACAUGAAAUUAUAAAGCAAUACAAUAAUGUCUAUUACUCCAAAUACAGAAUAUUAAAGCAGUAGCCAGUAUAGGUAUAAAUAUUAAAUAAUAGAUGGCGUGUAUAAAUAAUUAAUACAUGGAGUAGGUACAUGUACCUAACAUGUUGUUUAUUGCAUUUAGAAGGAGAUUAUAUCUGGAUAUUAAUUAAAAACAAAAAUUGGAACGUAUGUACUGGGCCGACAAAAUAAAAUGCUAUUGAAAAUUAAGAAUUUUAAAUAAUAAAAAAAGGGAGUCUAAGUGUAUGCCAUACCCCAUGCCAUUUCAAAUCGUACUCAUUUACACAGAUACAAAGUGUUCCAGUUCUAAUACCACUUUUAUAUAUACUGUUCCAUAGCCAAUCUUAUGUGCAAGAACUUUUAUAUUAAGCUAACAUGGAAAAAACUUUUAUAUGAAGCUAAUAUUUCCAGCCGAAGAGGUUCUGAAGUACUUGCGCUUAAAAUCAAUAAUAUAAAAUCAAUUUUAUGCAAGACGAGAAUUAUUGAUUUAAUAUGACUUUUGCAACUAUAUGGAGCCUCGUCAAGAAUACAAAUUUCCAAUUUUAAAUUUUUAUUUUUAGGAAUCGUCAAAAUUUGAAUUGAUAAAUUGGAAAAAUAAUGAAAUGUUACUGCAAUCCUCGUCCAUGCAAACUGAGUUUUAGUUUGGUGU